AUUAUUUUGAUCCUUAAUGUUGUUAUGUUUAAGCAAUAUACCAGAAGUUUUUUUAAUACAAAACUGUUCUUUAUAACAUGUAGAUAUAAUGGAACAGGUCUUGACGAGGAAAAGGAUCGCCUCCUGGCGACAUGAUUGGGUUAUAUCGACAUCUGUUUUUACAGAAUGCCGUUAUAAUCUAAGUAACUCUACAUCGCGGGACAACUUUGCAACAACAUUGCACUUGUGACACUGGGGCCGUAAUUUGUUCAGGCAUGGAAGAGGAAUCCAGAAAGGUUUUGAAGAUAUGCCAUGGACAGAGAAGAGUGGGCGUAGUUGCUUCAAACAUAGAGAUGCUGAAAGAAAAAUGUACAGAGAAGUUUGGUAUCACAAGUUUGAGGUUUGUGUUGCUGGAAGACGGCACUGAGGUUGACGAAGAAUACUUUCAAACUUUGCCACAAGAUACGUGUUUGAUGGCUUUGGAAGAAGGGAAAGAAUGGACAGCAGAGGAAGAGCCUAAGAACAUGAAGAAGAGGAACCUUGAUGAAAAUGAAAAUGAUACAAAUGUGAAAGUAUUAAAACUUAUGGAAACAUUAAGAGAUAAAGGGAGGAGAGGUGACAAGCCUUCAGCAUCUGGCAAACAAAAACAGAAGCUGCUUUCGGUAAAUGUAGGGUGGAUGCACUAUUCAUAUCGAGAACAAAAAUACAAGCUAAUUAAAGCUACUAGAGAGCAUCCCGCUUCUGGACCUAGAAUCACCAAAUUAGACCCAUCUCAGACAAUGUCAGCUCUGCUGGUACGCCUGAAGGAAAUCUUCUUCCCUGAAAAGCGGAGCCCACUUGGGCAUGAGAAAAAGUUCACAUUUUCAGUUGGAAACUUCAAAGGAGAGGCGUUAGACCCAGAAAUGACACUAGAAAGUUAUGCAAAUGACCUCUCCAAACCAAGCAUCUAUCUUCAAACAAAACAGGAAUCACUCCUGAUGAUUAACACAGACAGCAGUUCUGACUCUGAUUUUGAAUUACCAGCCUUUACGUUUCCCAAAACAGGAAAUCACCAGACAGCAAAUAUUCAAGAAGAUGAGAUACUUAAUUUGCAGGUUUUGGAAACACUUCCCAUGCCUUCUUCAUCCAGUUUACCAAACUUUGUGAGUGCUGAUACACCAAAUGGAGCUUCCCAAAAUAAUGCCAUUCCUACAGUGAUGCAAAGGGACACUGGUACACCAACAGUGACCCUCAGACUGCCAGCAGAAUCUUCCACAUGUCCUAUUUGUUAUGACAGAAAAAAGGAUACAGUGGUUAUUCCGUGUGGCCAUCCUUUGUGCCAUCCUUGUGCUGUCUACAUCAGUGAAAAUGACCAGAGAUGCCCAAUGUGCAGACAGACUGUAGACAAAAUAAGUUGUGUGACUGCUUAAAGACUAACUUUGUUCAUAGUUUAUCAGUUGUAGAUGACAGAGUCAUACUUUUAGUUGUUUGAACAGAUGUAGGCACGCCUUUCAGAAACAAUAUUAAAUUUUGAUUACAUAAUUUGGUAUGAUGCUUUAUUAUAAAGAGGAGGAGACUUGUAUAUUAAGUGGGUUUUCCUGUUCAGUUUUUCACAAAUUUAUGUUGUUAACUCAUUUUAAGAAUGUCACAUUUGUAUGUCAGUAUCCUCCGCGAGGAUCCAUCGGUUUUACCAAUAUAUGUAUCUUCUUGUUUUUAGAAUAUUGUAUGUACUAUGUUUUAAUGUUUUACUUCAUUUGAAGAUUAAUUGAAGAAAAUGUUAACUGCAUCUGAAGAUUGUUUUAAUAUUUUUUUAGCUCAUCUGUCACGUAGCUUGCACUUAACUUGUAUUGGCAUAAUUUGUCCUUUCUGAAAACUGGCCCGGCGUGAAAAUUGACCCCGCCCUUGGGGUCACUUGAUUUUAGAUAGAAUUCUACAGGAAAAUCUUCAAAAAGUUUUAAAAAAUAAACCAGAAGGCCUAGAGCUUAGAUAUUUUACAUGUAUUAUUGUCUAGUGAACCUCUACAAAAUUUGUUCAAAAUUAUGACGCCUAGCAUCAAGCUGAUCCCGCCCCAGGGGUCACUUGAUUUAUAUAGGAAUUUCUUUCCCCUAAAAGUACACCAGAGGACCUAGAGCUUAGAUACUUGACAUAUAUUAGUGCCUUGUAGACUUUUACAAAACUUGUUUAUAUCAUGACCACACAUGAACUUUUAUCUUUGUUGAACUUUUAUCAUGACCUACUGACAUACUUUUCUUUUUUUUACCUACAACCUUCAAAUUUGGACCACAUGUACAUUUUUGCAUACUAAAUUGAACUUUGACCUUUGUUGACCUUGAAUCUUAUCGAAUGACCCACUUUUCAUUUUGCCUCCUGAAGUUACAUGUAGAGGGCAAAUAUGCUAUUAAACCAAAUUCACAGCCCAUUGUUUUCUUUUGAAGACAGAGUUAUGAGACAGGUGAGCGAUUUAGGGCCAUUAUGGCCCUCUUGUUUUAAUUACCUUUCUGAUUUCAUUUAUACUCUGAUUGCAAUGUGGUGGGUGAAUAACCUCCAUUUUAAUUUUGAUCCUUUGCGUACAUUUUCUUUAAUGUUACUUUUGACAUUUUUAUUUCAUUGUUUCUGUUUAAAGUUUUGCUUUACUGCUUCUAAAUGAGACAUAAUAAUAUGUAUGUCCGUUGUAAUCACAAGUUUGAGUAAAUGAUUACAAGUCUAUGUUAUAGACCUCUUGAUUUUAUCGUUAUAUCUUAUGAUAUGUUUAAACUUCACUAUACCAAUGAACCUAUACUAACAGAAAAUAAAAACAAACCAUUUUGAGUUUUGUGUUGGUUUAUCACAGAAUAACAGUUUUAUGACGUGUAACAUGUAUAGUAUGCUUCAUCUGUAUGUUUUGCUAAACUUUCAGUUUUGCUUGAAAAUGCUCAUUUAUACAAGAAUUACAAAUUGUGGAAACAAGUUAAUAUUGUGGUUCUGGUAACCUGACCUCCCCUAUUUAUUUGCCCCAACCCUAAAUCAUUUUAUGGCAUUUUGCUGAAUAAUAUCAUCUAAUAAAAGUUUUGAGUUCUUAAGCCUAAAUAAAAUAUUUUUUAAAAAUAAAAUGUUUUUAUGCCCCGAAGGUGGGCAUAUUAAAAUCGCACUGUCCGUCUGUCCAGGCAAACAGAGUGUUUAUGAGCUUCAGUCGUGUCUGGAGCAUAACUCUAAAUGUAUUGAAGCUACUUUGUUAUAACUUCACACAAUGAUAGAGCUUUUUGAGGGAAAGUGCAAUGACAAAGAACUAUAACUCUGCAUGGUCCUAUUUUGGAAUUAUCUCCCAUUGUGUAAAACUCUUCUGCAGAGCAUUAUCAUAAAACUAUUAAAGCUACUAUGUUUGUAACUUCACACAUUGAUAGAGCUUGUUGAGGGAAGUGCAGUGCUGAAGAACUAUAACUCUAGACGAUUCCAUUGUUGAAUUAUCUUUCUUUUAUGUUAGAAUUUUGUCUGGAUCAUAACUUGAAAAGUAUUGAAGUUACAAUGUUGUAUCUUAACAUAAUGAUGAUAUAGCUUGUUGAGAGGAACUGAAAUUGCAAAAAAAGUAUAACUCUGUAUGAUUUUGCAUUAAAUUAUCUCCCUCCAUG